GGGAGUAGGUGAACACAAGCACCUUCAGCAUCUUUUCAAGCUGCGCUUUCAUGUGGAGUCGUAGCUUCGCAGCGAAGCUGUGUUUUUCCCCCUCCAACUCCUAACAUGAGAGUUUGAUGGCGUGGUCGUGGGUGGCAAUAAUGUGAACUUCAGCGCACUGGUCGGACAGCGCACUCCUCGGACCCCGCAUGCCUCAGAAACACGCAGUGAGCGAUGGGACGCAGCUGGAAUUCAAGGACAUGCAGCAAAUUGCAUUAAGCUGCAGAGCGAUGAAGAAUGGAGGCAUGUUGAGUCAUUUCUAGACAUUAUAGGACGACGCUGAACUCAAAUUCAGUGGUCAUUUUUCUCCUGAUCGGACUGAACUGCAGCCAUGUCAACACUAAAGAAACAAGCGGCAAGAGGCCAAGACAGCCAAGUCUUACCGAAGGUCCCUGUGCCCCCACUCAAACAAACCCUUGACACCUACCUGAAAUGCGUCCAGCAUCUUGUGAAAGACGAGCAGUUUAAGAAGACUAAAACCAUCGUGGAGAAGUUCGGGGCUCCCGGAGGCAUUGGAGAGGUUCUUCAGAAGAAACUUUUGGAGAGGAGGGACAAGACAGCUAACUGGGUCUAUGACUACUGGCUGGAGGACAUGUACCUAAACAAUAGGUUGGCCCUACCAGUUAACUCCAGUCCUGCCAUGGUGUUCCCGAAACAGACUUUCAGAGAUCACAAAAUUGCUCUCAGAUUUGCUGCUCGCCUCAUCCGUAGGGUGUUGGAGUAUAAAUCUCUCAUUGAUGCGAGAAUGCUGCCUGUGGAUGUUGCUCGAGGCCAGUUAGCAGGGACUCCACUGUGCAUGAAACAGUACUACCACCUCUUCACGUCCUACCGCUACCCGGGGCUGAAGACAGACACGCUGAAGGUUGACAUGAACACAGCCUCCUCAACAUCAGAGCAUAUGAUCGUGGCGUGCAAAAACCAGUUUUUCAUGUUGGAUGUAGUCGCAAACAACAAGCAGCUCAAUGAGACAGAGAUCUUAUCCCAGCUGGAGAAGAUCAUGAAAAUGUCAGAAAAUGCAGAAGAGAAGCACCCUCCUUUUGGAAUCCUGACCUCAGACGACAGGACUGAAUGGGCACAAGCUAGAGAGGCACUAAUAAAAGAUCAAACUAACCAGGACUCUCUGGCUCUGAUUGAGAGCUCUAUAUGUGUGGUGUGUCUGGAUGAGCCAUGUGGCCUCACGCCCAGUGACACCAACAGGGCUCUAAUGAUGCUACACGGUGGUGGAUGUGAACGCAAUGGUGCAAAUCGCUGGUAUGACAAAUCAAUGCAGUUUGUUGUAGGAAUGGAUGGGGUAUGUGGAGUGGUGUGUGAGCAUUCUCCAUUUGAGGGAAUAGUUAUGGUGCAGUGCUCAGAGUUUCUUAUGAAACACGUAACAGGGAGUCCCUUGAGGAUGGUUCAGCCGUCCAGCGCCAGAGCACUUUCCCCUCCAAGAAGGCUGCUGUGGAAAUGCAACUCCCACAUUCAAGCCCUCCUUGGAGCAUCUGGAGACAGACUCCAGAGGCUGGUAAACAAUCUUGACAUGGAUGUAUUCACAUUUGAAACUUAUGGAAAAGAAUUUAUCAAAAAACAGAAGAUGAGCCCAGAUGGAUUCAUACAAGUCGCCUUGCAGCUUGCAUUCUACAAAUGCAGAGGAAGGCUCGUACCCACAUAUGAGAGUGCUUCCCUUCGUCGUUUUCAAGAAGGUCGGGUAGAUAACAUCCGCUCAGCCACACCUGAUGUCCUGGCCUUCGUGAAGUCGAUGGCCGACGAGGGAGCAACUUUCACAGACUCAGAAAAAAUGAAACGACUGAAGGAUGCACUUAAGGCCCAAACAGACUACACAAUCGCAGCAAUUACAGGAAUGGCAAUAGACAAUCACCUGCUUGGGCUUCUGAAGGUCUCAAAGGAGCUGAAAAUGGAAAGGCCAGAUAUCUUCUGUGAUGAGACAUAUCUGGCCAAUAACCAUUUCAUCCUCUCUACUAGUCAGGUUCCUACAACGGUGGAAAUGUUCUGCUGCUAUGGCCCGGUGGUGCCCAACGGCUACGGCACCUGCUACAACCCACAGCCGCACCACAUCGUCUUCAGCGUGUCGAGUUUCUGGGAGAACACGGAGACGAGCUCAGCCGUUUUUGUCAAAGCCCUGAACGAGAGCCUGUUGGAAAUCGGGGACCUGUGCAAUAGAAGCGCAGCUGCAGCUAGCCAACCGACUGAAAGCAGUCAGGCAGCCUCAUAAAUCAGCAAAGUAAGCUUUACAGAGAGAACACCACAACGUAUCUGCACCACUCCUAGGUUUAUACUUAGUAACAAUGUUGAUUUAACAGGAAAAUAAAAAGCCUUAUAAAUAAACAUAUAAAUGCAUAAAAAGAAUAUGUAAAUAUUAAAAAAGUUUAUUUAAAAAAAAAAGUUAAUAUUUCCAUUUUGGAUCUGUGAAAAUGAUGUGUGGUCCAAAACUGACUCUGGUGGACUGAAGUUAAUCUGUCCACUCCACUUAAGGAACUUGAAGCCAUGUCUGUUUGUAGCACCAAUCUGAGGAUUUAGUUCUCAAACAGUUAUCUAAAAUAUCCUUAUGGUAUAUCUUACACCCUUAGAAUAGUAACCUUUGAGACAGGACAGUGACUAGAGUAUAAAAUAAUAUAGUUGUGACAUUUGGUGUAUGUGAAUCAGCAAGCUUUCCCAUUUUUUCAACACGGUGAAUUUAAAUGUGCAAAGUAUAAUGUAUUAAUAUACGCAACUUGUUUUUUUAUUAUUUUCACACGAAGUUUCCAAAGAAGUGUGCAUAUGUGAGUUAUGUCUGUUAAAGCACUUUAGGACACACAUACACAGUGUUUUAUUAUCUUUAUAAUGACGCCUCACUGACUUCCAUUGAUUUCCAUACAUUUUCAUUUAUUUCUAUAGAUCUAACCUUGACUCUACCCCUAACCCUAAACAUUACCAGUGCAUACCUAACCAUAACCUAAACUCAAUUCACACCUUAGUCCUGAACCUAAGCAUUAACCCAAUUUGCAAUGUUGUCCAGAUAGCAUUGGUCUGCUGUUAAGUUUUGGUCCUCAUAAUGAUGGCUAUACUAGCCCAACCCCACACACACACAUCAGUGUUUUACUAUCUUUAUGAGGACAUUUCACUGACCCUAACCAUAACCAGUGCAUACCUAAACCUAACCUAAACUCAAUUCAUACCUUAGUCCUAAAUCUGACCCCUAGCCCAAGAACAGCAUUUAAAAAACUGAAGACAAGUAAAAUGUUCUCACUUUCCAAAAAUGUCUUCCCUUUGCUGGUAAAAUACGAAAAAUGGUUCUCACUCAGCAGAAAGAACAAGAACACACACACACACACACACACACACACACACACACACAUACACACACCCAUGACAUUUGUAAUUGAAACCAGAAUUUUACAUACACUGUAAAAAAGACAACUUAUCAAUUCCCUUGUAACAUUUGAAGAUGUCUACUAGGUGUAUUAUAUAUAACAGCAAUAGCAACAUUAAUAAGUGGAUAAAUGUAAUCGGUCAUCAGUGCUGCUUUAUAAACAAGUAUAUAUAUAGAUAUAUAUAUAUAUAUUUACAGUUUUUCCUUUUAUUUACAUUGAAAGCAAAUAAAAUAGCAAAUAGAUGUACUGCAUAGCUUAAGCACUCUGUGCAAUAAAAAUAUAUGAAGUGCAGCGAGGGUUUUGUGCAAUCUGACAGAUCAGCUCAUUAUGUGCAUGGAGCUUCUCUAUUGGUAAAUCAACAAGAGUUACUAUUUUUAUAUUCAGUUAUAAAAGAGACAUAUACUAAGUGAGGUGAUUAAAAAUUGUCAUUUGGUGAGUGUUUUGUCAGAAAAGGUCUCAUAUGUGUUUUAAGUGUUUUGGGUCUUGUUUAUUUUGUGAACAUAAAGUGGUAAUCUGUGUGGAAAGUGUGAGAGUAUUUGUUGUCUUGCUGUGUGUCCACCAGCCAAAGUGAAUGUGAUAUGAUUUCAAAACAUUGAUGAAAUAAAUAUAACUGAAACAUGCGUGUUGUUAUUUCUAUAUGAAAGUAUUUUUGAUGAAAUAUUGUUAAAAUCUCAGUAGUGCAAAGUCAAAACGCCUUAAAAUGACAUAAAAGCGUUCUUGUAAUUUGUCUGAAGAAAACAAUGUUUUGUGUGAGGACAACAAUUUAUUUGUCACAAAUUGCUUUUUUCCCAUUUGUUUCACACAAUAAAAUAUUUAAAGAUAAUUAUGGAACAGCACUGUAUAGAUGUUGCUUAUUUGUUUAGCGUUAAACUUAUCGUUGAUGUAGUCUCCUCCAGAAAUGUUCACACCACUGUGCAUUUUUUUGUGACCGUAUGUGAACGAUCAACACAGUGUUACAAAACUGUAAGGUGGAAGGAAAAAAGUAAACUGUUUUUAAAAUUGUUUGAAAUGUAAAAGAAUCAAAAUCUGUGUGGUAAGCUUAUUAAUUCAGAAUGAUUUACUCUGAUACCAUUCAAUAAAAUACAGUGUUACCAAUCGUC